CUCGAUAUGUCUGUCCCUCGUCCCUCCGUUCUGGUGCAACAUGGUGGCGGCUGUAAUCUGGGGAGUGUUGAUGUGAGGAAAGGCUUCCUUUCCGCCGACGUUAUCGCGACGUUCCACACAACGACGACGGGUGAAGGACGAUUCACACGAGAAGUAUGUCAUCUAAUCCCGAGCACGACGAGAGCGCGAGUGACAGCCGAAAGUGAAGGGAACGGUAACGUCACGCGGGUCCGUAACACUCUGCACAGUGCCACACGCGAGAAGAUCACCGUGAGGCCCACCGCUGCAUCGCGAAUGAUGUUAUCGAUUGAUUUUUUAAUGACGGGUGAUCGGCAAACCCACGGCGACGUUGCACGAGUCGCCGGUGUCGUUCCGUUAAUGAGAUACGCGUUCCUGCUGCUGAGCCUCUUCGCGCUCCUCCAGUUGACCCUGCCGGCGGCCGCCGGCGAUUCCUUGGGUAAUCCAUACAAGAUAUUAAGCGUGUCGAAGCAUGCGACGUUGCAGGACAUCCGGAAGGCAUACAAGCACCUUGUCAAGGAAUGGCAUCCGGAUAAAACUGAUCAUCCAAUGGCCGAGGAUAAAUUUGUAGAAAUAACAAAAGCUUAUGAACUUUUAACAGAUCCAGAGAGAAGAAGAAAGUUUGAUAAUCAUGGAAUUACGGAGGAAGGUAUGUCUAGGCAAAGAAGGGACAAUAGUCACUUCAAUGUUCUCGAUCCAUUGGAAGAAUUGUUUACCGGUAAUUUUAAAUUUCACUAUCAAAGCAGAGACAUCACGUUGUUCCAUAAAAUGAGCAUCACAUAUCGAUCGUUCGAGAAUGUGAUAGUGCCCAAGACUUACCGUAUGCCAUAUUUAAUCUUAUUUUACUCCGACUGGUGCUACAUGUGUCUGCAAGCAGAGCCUACUUGGAGACGAUUGGUCGACGAAUUAGAACCUCUGGGACUUGGUUUGGUUACAGCACACGCCAAGAAAGAGUCCACUUUGGCGAGAAGGCUCGGCAUCCACUCUCUUCCGUGUCUCGUUGUUAUCAUAGAUGGGCGCACUAGUGUCUACAAGGAAUCUGUAUUUAGUAUUCAAAAAGUUGUUGAAUUUGUACGAAAUAGGCUACCAUAUAAAUUAAUAAGUAUUGUUAAUAAUAACAACGUAGAAAAUUUCCUAUCAGGCUGGACGGAUAAUCGAAUACGCGCUUUGAUAUUUGAGAAGAGAGACUUUAUUCGCUUGCGAUAUUUGCUUACAUCCUUUUACUAUAGAGAUCGAGUAGCUUUUGGCUUUGUUCAGAUUGGCAUACCAGAAACUGAGAACAUAACAUCAAAAUACAAAAUCUCAGGCGAAUUAGAUACUUUACUGCUUUUUAACGAGAAUUCUGAGAAACCUAUGGCGUCUGUUAGUAUGAAAGAUAUUUCCAGUGAAACCAUGCAUAAUGUUAUUGCUAAUAAUAAGUUUCUCUUAUUACCGAGACUUUCAAAUCAAGCUAUGUUAGAUUCUAUAUGCCCAUCUGAAUGGUUGAAGCCGCAGAAGCGAUUGUGCGCCGUUUUGAUAUCGCAGCAAAAUAGUCCUCUGCAUGAUAUGGCUAGGCAUAAGUUUAGACAAGCGGCAUUAGAGUCACCUUACAGCACGGAACGUGUCAGAUAUGCAUAUGUAUUCAAAGAUAGGCAACCUGAGUUUGUAUCAGCACUGUCAGCCGGUGAAGGCAGUCCACUGGAGCCCUUAUUACAUAUCGUCAUCAUAUGGAGACGAGAUGCCAAUCACUUGAAGUAUGAAUGGCUUCCUCAUGGAUGGGUUGAGGCCAUUCAGGAUGAUCGUAUAUGGAACGAGACGCGUAACCAUUUAGAGAAAACUAUACAAAGGCUGUUACGUACCACCGAAGCUUUACCAUAUUCUGCUGUCAUAGGAGAAUUGGCAGAUGAACAUGCACAGGGUACUGUAGACAGAUUGAUAGGAAGGGCAUUAUUAGCAGUAGAUUAUAUAUCCGAUAAUCUGACGAAAGAGCAAGUAUUGUCUUUGAUAUCGGUACUAAUUACUCUCAUGCUAAUAGGAGUUGCAGGAUAUGGAAUGUCAUACUUAGCUAAACUAGAAGAAACAAGUGUGCAGUCUGAACAUGUUCAGUGCAAAGGCAAUGUCAAGCCGCUUCCAUCACAGCCGCAACUACGAUUGCACGAAUUACGCGUGGAGAAAUACUAUGGAUUAGUUCGGCUGUUGAAACCAGGAUGUCGAACUAUCGUUCUGCUAGUUGACGCACAAAGCCGAUUAAAGUUAUUACCAGCUUUUCAUAAAGCUGUGUGGCCUUAUAGAAAGAAUAAAACGCUUAUGUUCGCACAUCUAUCAUUAGAAAGGGGUCUUGAUUGGUACAAGAAACUGUUAUCUCUCGUUUUACCCGACCAGAAAGAAUUAAACAUAAAUGUCAAGAACUGCGUCGGCACAGUCUUGUCCUUAAAUGGACAUCGAAAAUAUUUCUGCAUGUACCAUGCCAAACAUCCAGAAUGUACUAAAGGUAAAGGUUCUAAGCGUAUGGAAAAGAUGACCAAGCAACUUGUCCAAAAAUCGGAGGAUCCGGAAACAGGCGCUUUUAUCGGUUUUGACAGUUCCAACGAAUCCGAUCAAGACGAGAGUGGAAACAUGUUAUAUCAAGACCUUUUAGAUGGAUUACCGAUGUGGCUCGAGAGAUUAUUCGAAGGAUUAACGCAACGUUAUUAUAUAAAUUAUUGGCCCGAGUUCACUGCCAAGUAAAAGGAAGAAAACAAAUACGUUUUUUCUAGACGUGUAGAGGAGACUACGACACCUAGGGACAUGUAUCUUGGCAUAUGAUACUUAUCUUCCCAACACUAAUGAAAGUCUUUAAAUUUGGCUGCUUGAUGAUAUUGCUUUAGUCGUUACGUGUUUACAAUCUAAGUACAUGUCCUGUACUUAUUUAAUUUUCAUCCUUAAAGAUACGUUAUCGAGACUAAGUACUUCGUUAUUAUAAUGCAGUCUGAAAACUUAGAAAACCGUAUUGAAUUAAAUAGAUACGAAAUAGCAAUUAAAGACAUUUUAGAGCUUGGAUAUUCA